GCAUCAGCUCUUCAUCAUGGCCUGGUCUCUCCUCUUGGCCUUCUUCUUCUUAUGGUGCCCAGGAGCCAAUUCACAGUAUACCUUGACUCAACCUGCCGCACAAUCGUUUCCUCUGAGACAAUCAGCAAAGAUCUCAUGUACCAUGAGCCGAGACAGCCAAGUGGGCAGCUAUUACAUAUCUUGGUACCAACAGAAGGCUGGAGAGAGCCCCAAAUACCUUCUCUAUAAUACUGGCACGAACGGCCGGUUCACCGGGUCCAAGGACACCUCGGCCAAUGCAGCCUAUUUAACCAUUACAAACCUCCAGGCUGAGGAUGAGGCCGAUUACUAUUGUGGUGGUGAUUACGGCAGUGGCGGCAACUACUGGUAUCCACAAUGUUACACUCACAUGCAGAAAGAAAACCAGUGGGAUUUCUAUUUGGACCAUUCAAAAGCAGAAGUAAAGGUAAAUGUAGCUGAGAGAGAUUGUGAGGACCAAAGAGCCAACUCACAGAUUACCUUGACUCAACCUGAGGCACAAUCGUUUCCCCCGGGACAACCAGCAAAGAUCUCGUGUACCAUGAGCCGAGACAGCCAAGUGGGCAGCUAUUACAUAUCUUGGUACCAACAGAAGGCUGGAGAGAGCCCCAAAUACCUCUUCUGUUGUAGCAACAGCAACGGCCGAUUCAAAGGGUCCAAGGACACCUCGGCCAAUGUAGCCUAUUUAACCAUUACAAACCUCCAGGCUGAGGAUGAGGCUGAUUACUAUUGUGGUGGCUAUUACAAUGAUGGCAGAAACUAUUGGUAUCCACGGUGA